GCAUCAACUUAAUUCAUUUCUGUUACAAGUUCUCUUUUAAGUUUUAACUUCAUCCAUGGACCAUGGUUACGAUUUAGAUUGAAAACUAGUUAACCAAAUUCCUCUGUUUUUCGUCUACUAAAUCUCACCACACUUUUGUGCUUUCCUCACUGGAAUUCAUUUCUCAUAAAACAUGGCGACGUUUGAUAAGGAGAAUAUGGAAUCCGAAGAGGAAGAUGUUAAAGUUUUAUCAAAAUCUGAUCCCUUGCUCGGGGAUCCACCGGUGUACACCAUAACGCCAAUCCCACAACGUCCGCCGCCGCUGAUGGAAGUUACAGUGUUCAAGGAGGAGCCAACGGAAAACGAUUCAAAAGGUUCGACACCGGUGUCAAAACAAAUGUUGGUGGCGCAACCACGGAGGGCUUCUAAAGACCGCCACACGAAGGUGGAGGGCCGUGGCAGGAGAAUCCGCAUGCCAGCGGUGUGCGCUGCUAGAAUCUUCCAGUUAACUCGGGAACUCGGUCACAAGUCAGACGGCGAGACGAUUCGGUGGUUGUUGGAGCACGCGGAGGCGGCUAUCAUUGAAGCCACCGGAACGGGGACUGUUCCCGCAAUUGCCGUUAAUGUUAACGGGACGUUGAAAAUUCCGACGACAUCAAGUAACGGCAAGGAAUGGGAAGAUGGUAGGAAAAGACGGAAAAGAGGCAGCGAGUUUUAUGACGUGAAUGAUUCAUCGUCAUCCAAUUUCGCCCCUGUGGCCCCGGUUGCCCCACAAGGACUUGUCCCCUUAUGGACCAACGCCGGUAUGCACGGCGGAGCUUUCUUCAUGAUCCCACAAAGCCUUCCCGGCGGAGGCGGAGCAUCCUCUGCCCAGUUGUGGGCCAUACCCACCGGUUUAAACAUCGGAGCAAGACCCAUUCCCAGUUAUGUGUCAGCAAUCCAAGCAGGCGGUGGUGGAGGUGGAGGUGGAGGUGGAGUUGAAACGCCGUCAGAAUCCGUAUCAAACAAUAGUGAGAGUGAAGAUAAAUCUGGGAAAGUUUUGACGAAAUUGGCUCCGAGUUCAAGUUCAGUUAAUACAAGUCAGAUGAUUAGGAAUUUGUCUUUGAAGAUUUACGAGAAAAGAGAGCUUCAAUUGAUGGUUGGUUCGUCAAAUCCAUCUUCUUGAUCGAAUUCUUUAUCAAUAAUCAUUUUUAGAUUCUGAGUUGAAUUAGAAGCAGAAAAUGUUUUGAUGUAUUGUGUUUAUUAUUAUUUAUAUAUAUAUUUUUUUUGAAUAA